GUUAUCCAACACUUUAUCAAGCACCCUAUUUAAUUGUUUAUUUUUGUUAAUGUACUCUGAAAAAAUCGUCAGGCAAGCAAAAGUGCGUAGGUAACAGAGCAGCUAUAGAUACAGCUACAGAUAUUCGGACGUUAAUUCAUAACAACGUAGAUCAGCAAAUAUGGGCCAGACGCUCUCGGAGCCGGUGACCGCCAAGGAGUCGUCAUAUUGCCAAAAUCAAAUGUACCGCGUGGGCAGCAGCUGCAUGCAGGGAUGGCGCAUCAACAUGGAGGACUCACACACACAUAUACUCUCGCUGCCGGACGACCCGACAGCGGCUUUCUUUGCCGUCUAUGAUGGCCACGGUGGCGCUACGGUUGCCCAAUACGCCGGCAAGCAUUUACACAAAUUCGUACUGAAGAGACCCGAAUACAAUGAGAAUGAUAUCGAAAUGGCGCUCAAGCAGGGUUUCUUGGACAUCGAUUACGAAAUGCUGCACAAGGAGGCAUGGGGCGAGCAGAUGGCUGGUUCUACAGCCGUUGUGGUCUUGGUUAAGGAUAGCAAACUUUAUUGCGCAAAUGCGGGCGACUCGCGCGCUAUUGCCUGUGUGAAUGGUGAGCUGGAGGUGUUGUCUAUGGAUCACAAGCCAAACAACGAAUCAGAGUCCAAACGCAUUAUCGAAGGCGGCGGCUGGGUGGAGUUCAAUCGUGUUAACGGCAAUCUUGCACUUUCACGUGCGCUAGGUGAUUUCGUAUUUAAGCGUAGCAACAAAAAGCCGGAAGAGCAAAUAGUCACAGCCUACCCGGAUGUGGAGACGCGUGAAAUAAUGAAGGACUGGGAAUUUAUUUUACUGGCAUGUGAUGGCAUUUGGGAUGUGAUGAGCAAUGCGGAAGUCUUGACGUUCUGUCGCACACGUAUUGGUCUCGGCAUGCAGCCGGAGGAAAUCUGCGAAGAACUGAUGAAUCAUUGCCUAGCACCAGAUUGUCAAAUGGGCGGUCUGGGCGGUGACAACAUGACUGUUGUCUUAGUCUGUCUGUUGCACGAUAAGCCUUACUCUGAGCUGGUGGCACGUUGUGCGAGUAGCAGUACGCCGAAACCCGCAGAUACAAAAACGCCCGAAGUGGAUGCAACAGCAGUCAACAACUCAACGGAACCAAAAAACGACGAUUGCGAUAUGGAGCCCGAUCCUGUCGAGACGCCUUAGAGCCUAAGUCUAAACUUUAGUCACCGGCGAGCGAGCAAAGUGUUCCACAAAGCAAUCUGGCUUCAAAUCCGCUGCUGGCAGCAAAAUUUUCAAGCGCGCCUUACCAAUGCCCUUAUGGCCAAAUAUUUUCGUUAUGUGUACUUACACGUGCGCCAAAAACACUUCCUGUUCCACAAAACCCUUCAAUUGUUUCUAUAUGUUCUUGUCCAACAAUCCACUAUUCUACUUUAUAAAAAAUUUUGGUUUUCAUUGUGAUGUUUUUUGGCAAAGCAAACAAAAAUUGUAUUACUUGUUUAGUAUUUAUGUAUGUGUAACUAUAUUAUCCUAUACGCUAUAGAAUUUGAGUCUUGGGUAUUGGUCCUACAAAUGUUAACAAGGCAACGGAGUUGAGCAAAUAAAUUUAAAUAUAGUGUUUUGUUGAGCCCAUAAGAUCGUUGUAAUUCCAUUAAGUACUCGAUUUAACGUGGGCCUUAACUAUUGUAGUCAUAUUAGAGGCCUUUUUACAUCGCAAUAAUUAAUGAUAAUAAUAUGAGAUUUUGAAAAUACACACACAUGAGCAAAAACCCAAAAUUUUAUAGAAAUUGUAUUUUUUAUUGGUUUGGGUUGUUGUGCCGACAUCAUUAAUAUAGCAACUAGAAUAAAUAAAGAGAUUGUAAAGCUUCAAACUUUGAUGCUCCAAUGACCUUUGGAACCAACUACUUCCACUGUUGACCUUUCCCCACUAAAAAUUUAAGUCGCAUGCACGUUUGUUCUGGUUUUUCUUUUUAUUUGAUUUUCUCGUAUAUAUGAUACAUACAAUAAAAUAAAAUAUGCAUUUAUGAUUUGUUUUUGUUUUUUUUUUUCAGCUUUUUUAUUUUUUGUAGUUGUCUGACGUCAAUAACUGGUUUUAUUUUCCUUUAUUUAUUAGUUGUAUUUCAUUUUUUGUUUUAAGUUUUAGCUCGUAAGUUUAAUUGUUUAUAACGCUGACAUUUAUUCAUAAAGAUGAGCUUAGAUUUCACUCUUAACUACUGUAGGUAUUUGUUUUUCUUUUGUUGUUGUUGCUGUUGUUGGUUGCUCAGUGUAUGGUUUGUUAUAUUUAUGUUUUACAAUAUGAUUUCUUUAUCGCAUAGAAAUAUUGUUUAGUUUUAGUUUAGAUUUUAACCAUAUAUGCAUUUUCAUAAACCAUUUACUUUACAAAUAUCAAUUAUGGUACAGUGUUAAUCUUAUCUUGAUAUUAUUACAUGGAUUGUAUUUUAAAUUCAUUUAUAUUUGUUUGUAGUUAUUAGGUUUAACAGACAUGUUCAUUUUAUUUUAGUGAUAACAAUGUGCGUAAGCUUAUUUAUGCAAGUAAAUU